CUUGGCUCCAUUUAGGCCGUCCAUUGUUGCUAUAAAAUUACAUUACAGAUUUCCGGAAAAACUGUAUUAUGGUGUGUGCGGUCUAGCCGUGGGACAUCCUGCGGACACUGUCAAGCUGCGUCACCAGACCUUCCAACGGUCGGGCAUCUUGAGGGUCAUCUGCGAGACAUUCCGUCACGAAGGGGUGCGGGGCUUCUACAAGGGCAUGGGCUUCCCGCUGCUGUCUGCGGGCACCCUCAACUCCGUGUUCUUCGGAACGUAUGCAAACACGCUGCGGCACCUACAUGCGGGAGGGGACGGCAACCCACCGCGGCGCCUGAAUGUUUUCCUGGCAGGGUGCGCAGGUGGUGUGGCCCAGGUGUUCCUCGCCUGCCCUGUGGAGCUCAUCAAGAUACGCCUGCAGGCACACACAGGGAGCCUAAGCCCCCUGCGGUGCGUGGCAGGGGUGUGCCGAACGCAGGGCCCGGCAGGGCUGUACCGCGGCUUCCAUGUCAUGCUGUGGCGGGACGUGCCGGCGUUUGGGGUGUACGUGCUGGCUUACGAGGAGGUCACUGCUACAUGGCCAGGGUCCCAGGGGAGCGUCCUCCAGCAGAUACUGGCCGGUGGCACCGCAGGGAUGCUGUCGUGGAGUGCGAUUAUCCCUCUGGAUGUGGUGAAGUCCCGCAUCCAGUCGGACAACCCCGAGAACCCCAGGUACCGGGGCAUCGCAGACUGCCUCGUGAAGAGCUACAGGAACGACGGGCUGCUAGUGUUCGGCCGAGGAUUCUCGCUCAUCGUUCUUCGCGCGUUCCCAGUCAAUGCCGCCAUCUUCGUCGGGUACGAGUGGUGUCGCAAGACACUUUGCAACGUGGACGCACCUACGUAACCACCCAGCUGUGACAACAGUUCUCUGCCGGUCGUCCUUGGGCACAAGUUUGCAGCCAAGCAACCAACUGCUCUCACUCAGAAGGAAAUUAUGUCCUACUAAUUGCGACAUUUGUUGUGUUUAAUAGUCUACAGGACCUUUAAGGAAUUUAAUAAAAAAAAUAGAAUAAACUAUAUUAUGCACUUAUGAUUGUUAUAUGAUGGCUUACAAGCUAAUAAAAAUAUUUAAAUCAAAAAAGUA